UGUGAAAACGUUAUACUUAUGAUAUGUUUAUGUAAGAAAAACAAAAAUCAAACGUUAAAUGUGCGUCCAGAGUGAGUUCCCAGUCGAUCCCGGUCGGAUGUCGAAAGAUUGACCGCCGAAACUACUUGUUCGAAUUUGAAGGCGAAUGUAUAUGAUAACGAUGUGUGUAUGUUCUUUUUGAGGAGAUCGACGCCAAUGAAGCACAAAGCAAUUACUGCGUCAGCUAUCGCGGCUCGACUCGACGUGUACAGUGGCGGUGAUUGGCCGCGACCGCAGAGCGGGAAAUCCCCGUUGAAACCUGCUCAGACCGCGGUUGCGUCCCACCGUGAUCUUUCAGCAGUCGCAAUCGCGUCUCAUACUUCCCCGUCAUUCUUCGUCGAGUGGAGCAACCUCGUGGCUCGAUCGCUCGGUUUAGAACACGGUUGAUCGUUGAUACUAAUAGCGGUGUGUUGCUCGCUCGCGGCGUCUAACGCGUCGGGACGACAACUUCGUACCUUUCUCGUCUCGAGGACGACACGAUGCGAUGAAUUGUUAUCGCGCAACGAUACAUUCUUUAUCAAUUACUGCCGCACGCAUUCUCGCGCGACGCACUUGAUUCUUGUAUAUACAAUUGUCGAUCGGCCGCACAUAAGUGCACACUCGCGAAAGCGAGCGCGACUGGCGGCUGCUUUCCUUUUUGCAGACUGUAUACGCAUUAUUGUUUACGUGGAUAUUGUUAUAUGAUAAGAUUAAAGUGAAAGUGUCGGUGACGACGAAUAAGAGAUGGAUUCCUUUAACAAUUACGGCAAGGAUGAUUUAUCGGAGAUGUAUCCGUCGUUCAUUAAUUUGCACGAGGACGAGAACGAUCAUUUGCUCUUGGACAUGGACUCUCUGGUGCCGAGACGGAGUAAUUUCUUAGCGGGUCGCGAGCCGGCCAGGAAGAAAUGUUUAUUCGGUGAUGAGAACGAGGAGAUCGACGGCACCGGAUGGUCGGACAAACCUAUCAGAAACUGGUGUCAGGAGGAAACAAUAAACUGGCUUAUGUCAGCCGCGUCGUAUAUGGGCCAGCCUUACAGCUCCAUUCAGCACAGUCUCGCCGUUCCUGGAAAAGACAUCGUCGCCUUUACGCGACAAGAUUUUAUCAGCCACGAUCCUGUAUACGGCGAUCGAUUAUACGAUCUUCUUCACUCGCAACGUGUUUCGAAUCUAUUGCCGUCCUUUCGUACUAUUCAAUCACAGUCGGAAGAUGAGUAUGCGCGAAUCAGUUCCAGCAAUAUAUCCGAUGCAGAGUCAGACAACAGCGUGGAAGUUGCAACCAAAAGACUACCUGGCAGACCGAGAGUAUUAAAGACAAAAAAGAAUUCUGCCAGUCAGGGAAAAUUAUGGGAGUUCAUCAGAGAUUUGUUACGUAAUAGAGAAACGUGUCCCAGCUUGAUUUGCUGGGAAGACUACUCGCAAGCCAAGUUUCGUUUUGUGAAAAGCGAUGAAGUGGCGAAACGGUGGGGUUCGCGAAAAGGAAAUACUAAAAUGACUUAUGAAAAGCUUAGUAGAGCCAUGAGAUAUUAUUACAAAAGCAAAAUAUUUUUGCCGGUGCUUGGACGAAGAUUGGUGUACCAAUUUGGUCCAAAUGCAAAGGGAUGGCAAACGGACAACCCGAAUUUCCGACACUAGAGCGACGAUGUUAUCGAAAAAACAAAAGGUUUACGAUAAUAGACUACGCGGAAAAGCCCAGUAUACCGCUUUAUUUCACAUGAUUGAAGACAAUCAUUGAUGAUGAAUGAAGAUGAUCAUUUCUAAAGAGCUUUUAUAUUGAUUGUACUUUGAAUAGAGCGUCAAAAAAAAAUAAGUUGCGGCCAAAAAAUUUUCUUUUUGGCCAACAAUAAUACAACAAGAUAUGAUGGAAAAUGUUGCUACAAUUAGAAACAAAUGAAAUCUGAAGGAAAAUAGGAAUUUGAUUUUCCCUCUUUAUCUCAGGUGUUAUACAACUUACGGGUCAAUAUUUUACGUGUAGAUACUGUUGUAUUAUAUGUUUUAAAACUUCCUUUCUUGGUCAAUCACAUUUAGCGACAGAUAUGAUUGCAACAAAUCCAAAAAUAUUGUUGAAACAGCCAAGCGACUGUUUCAUUCCUCAAAGCGAUAUUACGAAGGAAAACAAAAGUUUUAUAAAAGAAAGCUAUAUUUUCCUCGAUAUUGUAUACUAUGUGAUCUUUGCAUGUAUAUAUUUACUAUUUAUAUCGUAUCUACAGAUAAGAACCCCUUAUUCGUUUCUGUCGGCAUCUUGUACAUUCUCUUGGCAUAACAAAUAUAAAUUUAUUCAUUCUGUACAUUUGAAAAAAGUUGUGUCAAAAAUGUUACUUAUCUAAACACACGCACGAACAUACAUAUCUCACAGUUUCUUAGAAAAUAAAAAAGCAUUUUUCUUUAA